GCUGUCCUCCUCCCCACCUGCACCGCGCUCCCCGGAGAGACUGGAGACCCGCGGAGGAUCCGGGAGCCGCAGUCACAGCCUCACUGUGCCACCUGGUGGGGACAAGGAAGAAAGACAAGAGCAAGUGACGCGCACCCCCCAACCACCCCCCUCCAAUGAGAAGCUGGGGAAGGAAACUUGCAUUUGGGCAAAUGCUGCUGUCACUCAGGGUGAGCUGGCUUUUGGCCAACAAGUGCAUCUACCACCAGGUCUGCCUGAGGGGUACCAACCCCCAGCCCACCCAUUGGGCCCUGGCACCCUGACCUGCCCCUCCCACUUCUCCCCCUCCCCUCUGCACCCCCGCCCCCAGUUUUGUGCUCCUCCUGCUCUGAGCAGGGGUUCCCCCUCCAGGGUGCUGGGCUGGGCCUGAGUCACUUCCCAGGCGGCACUCUGGGAAAGGCUGUGCAGGACGCAAGUGGCCGCUCUCCAGGCCUUCCCAGGCUCUGAUCCUUCCUUUGUGUGGGGAGACAACUGGGCAGCUGAACCCAGAGGCGCCUUCCUGGCUGGACCUUCCAGAGCCACAAGGAAUCACAUCACUUUGGAAUACUCAUGGCAGAGGAGGGGGCCAUCCUCACCAGGAACCUGAAAGCUGCGGUCUCGGCCAUCCUCCAGGACUACGGGGGCCGGCAGCAGCCGGUGACAGAUGCCAGUGCCGAGCUGCACAGACUCUGUGGCUGCCUGGAGCAGCUCCUGCAGUUUGACCAGAAAGAGCAGAAGAGCUUCCUGAGGCCUCGGAAGGAUUACUGGGACUUCCUCUGCACCGCCCUGUGGCGGCAGCGGGGUGGCACGGAGCCCGUCCACUUCGUUCACUCACAGGACAAGCUGAAGACUCCUCUGGCAAAAGGCCGCACUCUCAUCCGCUUCUGCUUGGCUCAGGGACAGCUGGCCGAGUCCCUGCAGCUCUGCCUCCUGAACACAGAGCUCACCAGGGAAUGGUAUGGCCCCCGGAGCCCUCUGGUGUGCCCCGAACUCCGGGAAGACCUCCUGGACGCUCUCUACACUCUCAAUGCGGUGGCCUUUGACUUGGACCUGCAGUGGCCAAACCUAGACGAAGCCUGGCCCAUGUUCUCAGAGUCCUGUGGCUCCAGCGCCAGGACCCAGGGAAGAAGACCCAGAAAGACCAAAGAUGCCCCGAAGCAGCUUCCAGGCACCAGGUACAGAAACCAUGAGGACACAGCCUCCGACCAGAAGGGGGAGUCCGUCACAAUACAACCUGUCAAGCGCGGUGAUGCGGGUGUGCACAGAAGAACAUGGGAGCACAGAGAAGGCUGCCUGAGAGAGAUCUCAGCCGCACAUGCGGACCCCACAAGAGUCCAGCCAGAGGAGCCGCACACUAGCCACGCCGGCUGUCGGCGAGAUGCGCCCAGGGAAGACUGGUUAGCUGCACCCCCCAGGUCGCAGCAACACAGGCAUCUUCGUCCCUCCAUGGAAAAGAAGAGAGAAGAUCCCAGGAGCCUCGGGCCCCCCCAGAGCAUGUGGGAACCAGAGGGGGAGGGGCUUCAGGGAGCCCCAAGAACAGGAUUCUGCCUGGAGAACUCAACACCCAGCAUCCAGGGACAAGGGGAGCGGGCCGAGGGAGCUCCGAAGGAGGUGAUAGGGACAGAGGCUGAGGACAGAGGCGUCCUACCUGGUGCAGAGGGGACACCUAAAGGGGGAGCAGAGUGGGGUCAUGUCCAUAGGCUGCCGGCCUCCAGCCCCACAGGGACAAUAGAGGACACUAUGCCAGGGAGCCGGCAGGAGCUGGAGGUGCCUAGCCUUCCGGGGGACCCUCGGGUCCUACUACGAGACCUGGGAGCAGAGGAAGACGCCGCCCCAGAGAGACCACAAGGGGAAACAGGAGUGACCACUGUGACCAGGAGGAAGAAACAGGCAGCGAUGGCCUUGCAGGAUGUGGUCAAGAGCCUGAGACAUGGGCUCCAGAAGACCAAGGAGCAGGCCCAGCAUCUGGAGCAGCUGCUGAAGGAGCGGGAAGGGGAAUUGAAGACACUGCAGGAGCAGCUCAGCAGGUGUCAGGAAGACAGGGCCCGGCUGCAGACAGAGCUGGAGCAGAAGCAGCAGGAGGCUGAGAAGAGGGACGCCAAGUACGAGAAGGAGCUUGGAGGGCAGCGGGACCUGGUCCGUGCCAUGAAGAUGAGGGUGCUGGAGCUGGUUCGAGAGAAGGAUGACCUGUGGCAGGAGGUGCAGCGUCUCUCUUCCAUGGCCCCAGGGUGCUGUGCGGCCUGCAGCAGGGUGUUUGGCCGGCUGUCUCGGCGGUACCCGUGCAGGCUCUGCGGAGGCCUGGUCUGCCAUGCUUGCUCUGUGGACUACAAGAAGAGGGAGCGCCGCUGCCCCCCCUGCUCCCAGAAGGGAGAGGCUCAGUCCCACUGACGGCAGCACCCAGGACUGGCCGCCCACCGCACCCAGGAGCUCCCUCCCCUCCUCUGGGCUGGUGAUCUGAGGCAGCCAGUGCUCAAGUGCGGAAGGAUGGAUGCCGGCUGGUAGGCAGGAGGCGGAGGCAGGUCGGAGGCCUGCACCCGCCACCCCUGAGCUGGGCCACUUGAGGAAGCUCACAGCUGUCCGGCUUCUUCCUGAGCAAGAGCGCCAGGCACCGUCCUCCCUGAAGUCCCUCCAGGCUCAGGACAUCCUUGGCCAAGAAGACCCAGGGGCCCCGACAUCUCUCCGCACCCCCACCCCAUCUCUCCCCCAGCCCCCCAUUCCCCACACUCCUGACCACCCCGUCUGGAGUCUGUUUUGAAAGUCUGCUUUCGUUGUGUUUCAUUUUCAAUAGCUCUCCCGAGGUGCUGUUGACCUGUAACACGUUUCGUAUAAAUUGUACAAUAUGAUGGGUUUUGACCUUGGUAUCACCCACAAAGCCAUCACCGUAUUCGCAAUAAAGAAUGCACCCAUCAUUCCCAAAAUGUCUUCAUGCCCUUUGUAAUCGCUCCCUCUCCCUCGCCAUCCCUAGGCAACCACAAUUCUGCUUCCUACCACUAGACACCAGUUUUCCAGAAUUUUAUGAAAACAGAGCCCUGCAGUAUGCACUCUGUACUGCCUGCCUCCUUUCACUCAGCGUACGUAUUCUGCGAUUCCUCCAGGUGGGUGCACGUCUCAGAGGUCCCCAUUUACUGCUAAAUAGUACCCCGCUGCAGGGAGAGACCACAAUUUUGUUCACACCUUCACCCAUUGCCAGACAUUUGGACCGUUUCCAAUUUGAGGCUGUUACAAAUAUGUUUCCUAUGAUCAUCGGCAUCGGUGUACAAAUCUUUGUAUAGACAUUUGCUUUUCUUUCUCUUGGGUAGAUACCUAGGAAUGAAAUGCCCAGGUCCUCCAAUACGUGUAUGUUUAACUUUUAAGAAACUGCUGAGUUGGGAUCCCUGGGUGGCGCAGCGGUUUAGCGCCUGCCUUUGGCCCAGGAUGCGAUCCUGGAGACCCGGAAUCGAAACCCACAUCG